AUGAAGUAUGAGCCAUGGGAAGUGCCCCAGCUCCACCAGCAAGCCACCGGGGCCUGGGCCAAGGAGCUCGACGAAGCCAUCGACAGCAUCGCCGACACUCUCGUCUCGAACCGAAUCAUAUUCCGACUCGGCUACGGCUUCACCUCACUUGAGCUGUGGAUCGAAUGCGGGCGGGAUCGGUUCCUGAAGGGUUUGGAGGAUUCAGACAGACUCCGCACCCCCCGCAUCCUCCCCCAACGGCCCGCCGAACUCGAGCUCUUUUUCAUCACCGCGCCCGACUCAAGGCCUCGCCCCCGGCAACAGCAGCUGGUCCUGGUCAAAUGCCACUGUGAGGGGCAGCAGCACGAGCCGCCCACGCCGUUCCAGGCCGAGGUCGCGGCGGGCGUCGCCUGCUACCACUUCUACUUCGUGCGGUGCGUCCGGUACGGGGUCCACCACCCGUGGUUCAACCUGCUGUAUGAGCGGGUGGUCCGGUACAUCCUGGCCCGGCCGGACGAGGUGCGGGCCAUCAAUGGGCGGCUGUCGUACUAUGGACGGCAGGUGUUUGUCCACGCGUGGCGGCAGGAGAAUCCGGGGGAGACUGAAUUCAUGGAGAGGAUUUUGGGGGUUCCCUCGACCAGAUCCAACAUAGAAGCCUUGGCCCAAGAAGUCCGCAAGCUGGUCGAAUCCGGCGACAAGGAGACGCGCAAAGACGUGCUGGAUAGCCUGAGUCAGUUGACGGCCUCCAUUAAGGCGCCGGACGAUACUAAGGGACAGACUUACAUCGUGUAUGCCACAGACUACAGAGUUGAUUAA